AUGCUAAUGUUGUUGCAGUUUGAGCGUUUUGAUGGUUUUACUCUUGCCUCGUCAUGGGCAAGGUUCAUAUCUGAAAUAGAGGCCGUGUGUCGACAAUGGUUAACUGAUGGUCCAAAGAAUCUAAUGGUGAGAUUAAUAAAGAUGUCGACUUGUUCACUUAUAUUAUUGUUUAGCAUGUUCAAACCAUUUCUUAGAACUUAUCUACANUUCUUCUCUCAAGCUUCCUUGCUGGAGGCUGGCAGGUUUCCUGCCAUUUCGAGGAAUCGAAGGUAUGAUGGGAUCGUGAAAAACAACCAUUGGCAAGGUUUUGGCAGAAGCCCUUGGAUAUUCAUUUUAUGA